UUCCGUGCUUGCGUGUGUCCUGCAUGUUACGAGCUGCAGACGAGAGAGUAUCUUCUCUUCUGGCUGCUAUUUUAAGCUAAAUAACCAUGUCUCUGGAGGUGGAAUCCGCAGACGUGAUCCGUCUGAUUAUGCAGUACUUAAAAGAAAAUAAUCUGCAGCGGACUCUAGCCACCCUGCAGGAGGAGACCACGGUGUCUCUGAACACUGUGGACAGUAUAGAGAGCUUUGUGGCAGACAUUAACAGCGGACACUGGGAUACUGUCCUGCAAGCCAUCCAGUCCCUCAAGCUGCCAGAUAAGACCCUGAUUGACCUUUAUGAACAGGUUGUGUUGGAGUUAAUUGAGCUGAGAGAGCUGGGUGCAGCUCGUUCACUUCUUAGGCAGACCGACCCCAUGAUCAUGCUUAAACAAACCCAGCCAGAAAGAUACAUCCACCUGGAGAACCUGCUGGCUCGCUCCUAUUUUGAUCCCAGAGAGGCGUACCCAGACGGCAGCAGUAAGGAGAAGCGCCGAGCAGCCAUUGCCCAGGCCCUGGCAGGGGAGGUCAGUGUGGUGCCGCCCUCUCGUCUCAUGGCUCUGCUGGGACAGUCGCUGAAGUGGCAGCAGCAUCAGGGACUCCUGCCUCCUGGUAUGACUAUUGACUUGUUCAGGGGUAAAGCUGCUGUCAAAGAUGUGGAGGAGGAGCGCUUCCCCACCCAGCUCAGCAGGCACAUCAAGUUUGGACAGAAAUCUCAUGUGGAGUGUUCCCGAUUCUCCCCUGAUGGUCAGUACCUGGUCACCGGCUCUGUGGACGGCUUCAUCGAGGUCUGGAACUUCACCACCGGAAAAAUCAGAAAGGAUCUGAAGUACCAGGCUCAGGAUAACUUCAUGAUGAUGGACGACGCAGUGUUGUGUAUGUGCUUCAGUCGGGACACAGAGAUGUUGGCCACUGGAGCUCAAGAUGGAAAGAUCAAGGUGUGGAAGAUCCAGAGUGGUCAGUGUCUGAGGAGAUUUGAACGUGCCCACAGUAAAGGAGUAACAUGUGUCAGCUUCUGUAAAGACAGCAGCCAGCUCCUCAGUGCCUCCUUUGACCAGACAAUCAGAAUCCACGGUCUGAAGUCGGGUAAAACUCUUAAGGAGUUCCGCGGUCACUCGUCGUUUGUCAACGAAGCCACUUUCACUCCAGAUGGCCACCACAUCAUCAGUGCUUCCUCCGACGGCACAGUGAAGGUGUGGAACAUGAAAACCACUGAGUGCUCGAACACCUUCAAGCCUCUGGGCACGUCAGCAGGCACCGACAUCACUGUCAACAACGUCAUCCUGCUGCCCAAGAACCCCGAGCACUUUGUAGUGUGUAACCGCUCCAACACGGUGGUCAUCAUGAACAUGCAGGGACAGAUUGUGAGGAGUUUCAGCUCCGGUAAGAGGGAAGGUGGUGACUUUGUGUGCUGCACGCUGUCGCCCCGUGGCGAGUGGAUCUACUGCGUGGGAGAAGACUUUGUGCUCUACUGCUUCAGCACAGUCACCGGCAAACUGGAGAGAACGCUGACGGUCCACGAGAAGGAUGUGAUUGGCAUCGCCCACCACCCCCACCAGAAUCUCAUCGGCACCUACAGUGAGGACGGCCUGCUGAAGCUGUGGAAGCCUUGAGGUGUUGACCCCAGAUUAAGACUGAACGUUCUCGCUCAGCAGCUGCUCUCCUCUCUCUGGACACUGCUCUGCCCUUUUCUGUUUUCUUUUUGCCAUUUUACAGCCUCUGUGAAUGACUCCCGGGUCCAUGUGGACUUACAGGUUUGGAUGUACAGGUCGAUGGUCUCAGUUAUACCAUCGGUUUUACACAUUUAGCUGCAUGUUUCCAUUUGAAAUUGAUGUUGGGUGUAAUGAAUAAAAUGCAGAGUGUGUACAGUUGUUUAAAUGUUUGGAUUAUUGAAAACAUGCAGCUGAAUGUUCACAGCUUACUGCAGUUUGGGGUGUUUUCACAGCAGAACCUUAUUUACCAAAAUAAGGUUCAAGCAGAACCUUAUUGUGGUAAAUAAGGCAUUUUUCAGAACCCUUUUUCAGAGCCCUCUUCAGAAAGAGGAGGAAGUUGUCAGAUGUUUGGGGUUUGGAGUGUAGAUACUAGACUUAAUUCUUGUUUUGAAAAUUCCAUUUUUUUUGUAAAUAUAUUUUUUUUGAUAACAUUUUUUCCUAGAAGACCUGGUUAAAUAGCUUGUAGUUGUGUGUUGGUGGUUUUAUUUAAGACAUGGCAAGAAGUGAAGGGCCUCACUGCAAAAACUUUACUGUGCUUCCUGGAAUUAUUCCCUUCUUCAAACAAGGAUGAUUUUAUUGUCAUAAACAGCUUCUCUCAAUGUGACCUGUAACUUCAGGAAUAUGGAAUAAUACCUGUCAGUUUUAUAAGUUGUCCUGUUGUCAGGUAUUUUUCCUCCACGUUGAGUACAUGACUUUAUUUUCACGUUAUGUCUUUUUUCAUUCCUGAGGCAUGUUUUUAUUUUCUUAUUCCUGAAGCUGACAGGCUCUGGCCAGCUAAGUGUUAUGUGCAUGAAUUCUUAGUAAUUCACACUAAUCAAAGGUUGUAGAACUUAUUGGAUGUCCAAAAGUCCCAUGUUACACCUCUUGUUUGUGCCAUUAAAGCUAUUUAACCAGAACACUGAAAUAAGCAUCUUAAAGUUGUAUUGGCCUGUAAAAAAACAGAACAUAGAUAAAACUGUUAAUCUGAAUUAAAAUUAAUACGAUUAUAUAAAAAUUUUUUGGACUUUUCAAAAGGUUUAAAGAGACAGGGACACCAGAUGUCACUGCACAACCAUCACUAAAUAUCUUCGAAGGAGUUUUAAGGAGACCUGUCUCUCUGUCCACAUUUUCCAGCCAUUCGUGCUGCCUUUGUGUGAUAGAAGUUUUCAAACUCUGGCCCUCGAUGAAGAGGAGGGUUGACUGAGUUUGAUCCCUGGAUAAACUCUGGUCGGUCGUCUGUUAGCACAGCAACUCUGCAGAGAGGAGAGUCAAGUCGGCCAGGAAGAGAAGGCUUUCAUUACACCUUCAAAGUAAAAGCAUGCAUUAGUCACUAUUACCUGAUGUGUCUUAGAGUUUGAAAGUCGUGUGCUGUGCUGACUUACAGUCUCUCUGCAUCUGUUGUCACCAACGUUUUCACAUUCAACCCUUUAAAGUAUGGUUAAGUCAUUUUGUUCAAAUAGAAACUUGGAUAUUCAGCUUGAAUGGUUAUGAAUCCUUUUUACUGUUAUUUGUUCCAGGCAACUUAGUUUUUUUAUUUAUGUGUACAUUAUAAAAUUUUAAUUUAAGAAACCUAAGAGUUAGUGAACUCUUCAUCAUUGUGAGCUUCAGUAACAGUAAGGUUUUUAAAGUGCUGUCUUUCCUUAUAAAUGGCUUUCUGUGUUGUACUUU